CAGGGAUGCAGGGGGAUGGUGGAAAAAUCUCUGAGAUGUUUCCCCCGAGCGUCAUUUUUGGGGACAAAAUUCCUUCUUUUGUCCCCUAGAGGAGGAUCUGGCUCUGGAGGGUGGGACACAGAUCCAGCGGAGUGGGAAGAAAUCUUGGGAAUGUAGUAGAUGAUCCCUCAGAAAAAAAAAUAUGGAAAAAUUUGGGACUCUUCCAGCUCCACCAAUGCAGCCCAAAAAGGGAGAAAAUUGGGGAUUUCACCUCCAAAAAUCCCCAAAAGUUCCACUUUAAGCAAAGAUUCCCAAGGCUGGAAUCACCCAAGGGCCAACAGGGAAUUCCUUGGAAAAAUCCAAUUCCAGCCCUGCCUGAGGAGUGGCUUGGGAUAAUUUCUGCUCCUUGGAUGAUGAUUUUAACAUCAAAGUUGAUUUUUCCAGUGGAAAUAAUUUUUUGGUGUCUUGCUCCAUUCCCAUGUGGAGAUUUCGAGCUUUUAUUCCGCAUAUAAAAUCCAGGAUAUCAAAGAAAACAUCUGGAAAUUAAUAAAUAUUGAUCCUGGUGCUGAAUCUUGGUUUUCCAGCCAGAAAAUUCCAGGAUGAGUUGAUGGGGAAAAGAAAGGAUUUAGGAUCAUUAUUUCCACUUAAAAGAGGUUUUUCCUGUCAUUUUAUGUUCCUUGCACAAAAACGUUUCCCAAAAGGAAUUUUUUCCUGGAUGAUUUCACUUCAUUAUUUUGUCCUGCCCAAUUCCAGCCAAGCCCAGGUGGGGAAAGUUGGUUUUUGGGGGGAUUUUUUUGACUUUUCUGGACCAUUUCUGGAUCGAAAAUCUUCCUGUUGGGACGUGGGGGUUGGAUUGAUGGAGAAAUCGAUGGAAAAAUCCAGCCUGGCCAUGAGAAUUCCAGGUGGGAUUUGUGCCUCUAAAAACACCCCCAAUCCCAAAAUUCCCCCCAAAAAAAUCUUGAAAUACCCCAAAUACCCCAAAACCAACGACUUCACCACCCCAAAAUCCUUCCAAGCACCAAUUCCAGAAGUUUCCGGGGGGAACCGCUGCUGUUGUUUCCAGAUUUAUUCAUCUUGCACUUCCCCGACCGUAUUUUUUUCUGGAAAAGUCUGAUUUUUGGGAAAUGACAGUUUUGGGUUUUUUACCUCAUCAGGUGCUUUCUCAGCAGGGAGGAGGAACUCAGAGGACGUUACGUGAGGGUUUUUUGGGGUGGUUUCGGGUUUUUUUCAGGGUUUUUUUGGUCGCUCAAAUAUCAUUUCUCAGCAGCGAACCUCUGAGCUGAGCUCACCUGAAAAGCAGCAGGAUCCUGGGAUUAUCUGGGAUUGGAUUUGGGUCAAAAUCCUGGAAUUCUCAUCCUUGGAACCACAAGGAAUCGGUCACAGCUCGGAUUGUUGGAUCCAACCUCAGGGAUCCCGGAAUUCCCACCCCACACCCUGAAAAUUGGGAAAAGCGGCGAAAUUUGGAGAAAGAAAAAAGACAAAAAUCCCUCGGAUUUCCUCCACUAAAACCAGUCAAGAUUUUCUCAGCAUCAGAUCCACGACUGGAAUUUUUUUUCCUGCCUUUCCCAGUCAUUCCAGGAAGGACCAAACCCAUCCCCAAAUUCACCCAAGUUCACCGAGAACGAGGAUUUGGCUUCUCCCAGCUAUUGGGGCGUGAAGCACAAUCCCCCACGCUUUGAAUAAUUUCCGAUUGACGAGAGGAAAAAGCAAAAAUUUCGACUCAUUCACAUCAAAAACAGGAAAUGCGAGGCCCGGCGUUGAAAAUCCUGCCAUCACCACCUUCUCCGAACCUGGGAGCGGUGGAGGCUCCGUGAUCCUGGGAUGGGCUCUGGAACUUGGCUCCAGCUGCUCCUCACCCUUGGAGCUCUUUGGGGGAUCGGAGCCAGGGAAACGCAGUUGGGAAUUUUGGGAGAGCCGACUCUCCUGCAGAUCCCCCGCAAGUUCCAGGAGUGCACCGAGGAAUUCGGGGAAGCCACCUGGAAAAAAACCAUGGAGGGGUCACAGAAGAAGACAAUCCUGCUGAAGAUUUCCGGCGGGAAUGUCACGGAGUACAAGCGGGAGCGGAUGCGUUUCCACAGGGGGAAUUUUUCCCUGGAAAUCCUCAACACCAGCCGGGAUGACGAGAGGCUCUACGAGUACAGCAUCAGCAAGGGGCCAGAGGAGGAGCUCUGGCAGAUCCAGCUGCAGGUGUUCGAGCCGGUGGCCGAUCCCAACAUCCAGAUCCUCCAUCGGGAAUUGUCCAACGGCAGCUGCUCCCUCUCCCUCCUCUGCACCUCGGAGAGGGGGGACGAGGUUUCCUACAGCUGGGACAGCUGGGAUAACAGGACCAGGGGGAUCUGCUCCGGGAAUGGCAGAGUCCUGAACGUCUCCUAUUCCCUAUGGAAUGACAGCAUCCGCUGCGUCUGCACCGCCAGGAAUCGCGUCAGCAGCCGCGACGUGGCCUUCGACUCUUCCCAGUGCGGCUCCGAGCAGCGGGGUGUCCCCGGGGUGAGGACAGAGCUCCUCGUGCCGCUGGUGGCUCUCGGUGUCAUCGUCAUCAUCAUCGUGGCCAUCGUCACCGUCAGGGCCACCCACUCAGCCAAAUGUUGCCAGGUCCCCUCCCAGGUCACUCCGAUCGGUGCCACCAGCGCCACCAUCUAUGCCCAGGUGCAGAAGCCCAAAGGGACCGUCCCCAACGCCGCCCCUGUUUCAUGCACCACCAUCUACGCCGCGGCCACUGGGCCACCCCUGGCCACCGACGGAGCCCCCCGGUCCCCGGCAGCGUCCCCAACCCCACGGGGACACCCCCAGGACACCACCACAGUUUACGCCAGCGUGACUCUUCCCGUGGCCUGAGCCUCUCCUGGGAUCCGCUGAUCCCUGGGGAAUCCUUUGGGAAU